CUUUCACGGGAGGCAAAUGAGGAAGCAGCUUUAUGCCGACAUUAUAUCAAGACUGGCAUGAAGUCAAACAUGAGCAGGGAAAACAUCACCGCGAAAAGGACGCACUGGGCAGCGGGGGUGGAGUUCGGGAAAAAUGCCGUGAUCUGGGAACAACUUUCCGGGAGGUAGACGCAUGCGUGGCACACGACCGUGAUGUCAUCCAGAGUGACGCACAUUUCUGUGAAAGCAGGAGCAGAAAAUCCCUUAAGCAUCUGAGGGUCCAGAACUGAGCAGUGAAAUCACAACAGACCCUGGCACUUGAACCAGCAACCUUCUGGUCACAUGCAUUGCAGCCCAUACCCCUCUGAGCCACACACUUCCCACCCCCAGUGUACAUACAACCCAUGAGUGUGCCAUUCAUUCCAGCCCUGGUUCUCUCUGAAAAUCUGCAAUGGACACACACACACACACACACACACACAGAUUUAUUCAGCAAAACUUGUGUCUAAGGUUAUCCUGCUGGCCAGUGUGGAGGGGACAGUUUCGAGCUGUGAGCAGCCCGACCGCAUCCUGAUCACAGAAUCUUCAGUGAUGAACGGACAGUAACAUUUCCCUCCUCUGAACUACUUCUGAUCAAAGAAUAGAGAACAAGCCAGCAUCUCAGGCAAACAUCACCGACAUGCCUGAUGGUAUCAGAGUAACCUUGCUGGCGAUCUAUAGCCUCAUCCUGGUUUUUGGCGGACUGGUCAGCACUGUGACGUUGGUGAGAAUCCUGAAGUCCAGCUGUCUCUCGGUGACCACCACGGCGGUCAUCAACCUGAUCCUGGUGCACUACCUCUUCCUCCUGACCGUGCCUUUCCGCAUCCACUACUAUGCAUCCAACGAAUGGAGCCUGGGUCCCACGUUCUGCCGCCUGGUCAGCGCCACCCUCCACGGCCACAUGCUCCUCUCCUUCAUCUUCUACGUCAUCAUCCUCGUCAUCCGCGACAUAAGCUUCUUCAAGCAGACCAGCAGGCUGGCCUUCUACCGCCGGCUGCACGCCGUCGCCUUCAGCGUCUCCAUCUGGCUCGUCAUCUUCAGCAUCCUCCUCCCGGUCACAUUCUCCAGCUACGGCACCAACAGCAACUACGGCACCAACAGCAACUACAGCACCAACAGCAACUACAGCAACAACAGCACCAAGUGCUUCCAAUUCGGCUCGGCGAUUAAAAAAGGGUCUGUGCGCGACCUGAACUACGUGAUCAGCUGUGCCAUUCUCCUGACCGUGCUGGCAUUUACGGGAUGCCAGCUGUACAUUCUGAUCCGAGUCCUCCAGCUGCACAAGAUGACCGCCUUCAAACACCAGGAAUUCUGGGCCCAGGUGAAAAGCUUCCUCUUCAUUUUAAUCAUGAUUGUCUGCUUUUUCCCAUACCACAUAUUUAGGAUAUACUACGUGAUAAAUAUCCAUAAAUACGAACUGGAAUGGAAAAAUGAAGUGUUCUUCGCAAUGACCGCCCUCAGCUGCUUUGACAUGCUGAUUUUCUUUGGAAAGUGCCGGUGGGCUACGAAGAUGGCCUUCAGCUGUGUGGACUGCUGUAAAUAGUGCUGCUUGUAUCUUUGGGUUGUGUGUAUGGGGUAGGGAGGGGUUUUUCCCGUGGUCCACUGUGUGCUAUCCAGCUAGGAAAUGGAUUACUGUGGGGUCCCAUAAGGUUGGCUGAAAUCCUGCCCACCCCCACCCAGCAAUUAUGCCCCCCCACCCUGAGACUGCUGGCAUGCUUUGUGAGCCCUAGCUGUCCUCAACAGGGCCUCCCAGGUAACCCUAACCCUAACCCCUAACCCUAACCCUAACCCUAACCCUCACCUUCCUCACUCAAGGCUCAUGUAUCAGUUUUGCAUAAAUGA